CCUCAAUGGUUGAAAUUGUCAGAAACCACAAACCCUUCUUUUUCUCAACUCCAAUCACUUUUGCCACCCAAUUUUAUCUCAAUUCAUUUUGCAUACACACAAAGAGAGAAAGAGAGAAGAAGAAAGUUUGUUCCGUUACAGCCUCACAAUUGCAACAAAGUUUCGUAUAAAAGAAGACAUCAAUUUCGCUGGUCCUCCUUUGUCUGAGGUAACCAAAGCAAAAAUCAUUGUCAAUUUCUUCUGUUUUUGUUUUUGUGGGUUUCCUUCUUUAAUUGCUUCCUCAGCGAUCGCUUGAUCUGAUUCAUUUAGGAUCUUGGAGACGAGGAAACAACAAACACACACAAAAAAACCCAAAAAAGAAAGAAAGAGAAAGCAAAAAAAAAUGUCUUUCACAGGAACAACCGACAAAUGCAAUGUUUGCGAUAAGACAGUCUAUGUGAUGGACAUGUUGUCCAUUGAAGGAAUGCCCUACCACAAGUCUUGCUUCAAAUGCACCCAUUGCAAAGGCACCCUUGUGAUGAGCAACUAUUCAUCCAUGGAUGGAGUGUUGUACUGCAAGACUCAUUUUGAGCAACUCUUCAAGGAAUCUGGCAAUUUCAGCAAAAAUUUCCAACCAGGAAAAACUGAGAAGCCGGAGCAGAAUAAAACUCCAAGCAAGAUAUCUUCAAUCUUCUGUGGAACACAAGACAAGUGUGCUGCUUGUGACAAAACUGUCUACCCUCUUGAAAAGGUGCAAAUGGAAGGAGAAUGCUUCCACAAGACAUGUUUCAAGUGCGCUCACGGUGGCUGCAUGCUGACUCACUCCUCGUACGCUUCCCUAGACGGCGUUCUCUAUUGCCGGCAUCACUUUAACCAACUCUUCCUGGAGAAAGGAAACUACGCUCACGUCCUCCAAUCCGCCAACCACCGUCGCACGGCCUCAGGUAACACUCUUCCUCCGGAGACCACUGAAGAAGUCGCCGUCGAAGCCAAGGAAGAGAACGGCGAUUCACAGUCUUGAAAACAAAAAUAUAUAUUCCAGUGAGUUUGUGAGUGAUUUGAAUUUAAUGUACUGCGACAAAAGAUUUGAUUUCAUUUGUAUUUGAGUUGUUUCCAUAUGAUCGAGACAUUAUUUAAUAUUUUUGUUUUCGUUAUUUAUAUACAUAAUUUUACA